AUGACAGCAAAGCUAACGGGAGCCUUAGCAGCAACGCUUUUUUCAGCUGCAAGAGUACCUACAGCGGGAGCAGCGACGACAACAGCAAAGCCAUCUGUGAUGGUACGCAAUGUCCCUCAGAUCAAGAGGCCUGGGUCCUCUAUAACAGUUUCCUAUGGCCUACAUGGAGAAGAAAUCGCUUCGAAAACACCAAAUGCAUAUUGUAGAGUUGAUUCUACCCCUGACGUUGCUCCAAAAACAAAGACCGUCUCUCAGAGUUCCCGUCGCCGCAGAGGCAGAUGCCUGCCUUCCCUCCGAUGGUUCAGCAGCCCUCCAAAUGUCGAGAUACUGGAACUUCUCUCGGCGCACUCAUCGGUUUCUGGAAGCAUCAGCAGUAGAAGCAGGAGUAGCAGCUGGUCAAAAGUUGGCAGCAGCGCAUCCGGGAGCCGAACGGAUACUGCAGGAUGGGAAGACCCACUUCUGGGCAACUCUGCUCCUCGAAGUGUGGGUGGCAUUUUAUGGACUACAGCGACUGCUGCAACAUCUGCAGCUGUCACUGCAGACUUGCGUCGAGCCGACAGUCAACCAAAGCCUGGUGCCACAAAGGCCCUGGCUCUGUCAACUGGUGACUCUGUCGUGGGUGGCGCUAUGCGAGAACAGCAGAUAGCAGCAGCGACAACCGCAGCCGUGGCAACACAACCGAUUAACAUUUUGGGGGCAGCAGCUGAUGCUUCAGACCAUUGGGAGGGUCCUGACCUCUUUGAAGCUCCGUUGUACAGGGCGCACAGCAAAGCUGUGGCAUCUACGAUCUUGCCUUAUAUGGGGUUAAUAUCAGCAGCACAACCGCCGUCAUCGGCAGCACCUAGUGCAGUGCCGGCUGCGUGUCACGCAGCCAUAGCAGACGUUGCUGGUAGUACACCUGCAGAAUUAUCUGCACUGAAGGCAAGGGCAACGCCAAAAGAUACUUUCCAGAAACAAGACUACCAAUGCAAGCUGCAACACCAUGAAGUCCAGGAACAGCCGCUGCGACAUCAGCACCGAGGGCAGUGGCAUACCUCGGAAACUCGUGCACUGCCUCUGCUAGGCGGCAGCUGCAACGCACCAUUGGAAAGCAGUCGUUGUUCUCAUGCGGACGCUGUCAGAAGCGACAAAUGCUGCAUCAGCUCCUGCAGAUCAGCCGACUCAACAGGUGGCCCAGUUCGAUCCGCAGCCCCCUCAACGACCAAAAGCUUAGAGAAUUCGGCUGCUUCUCCACCUGCAUCACGCGAACAGCCCCCCAACGGUGCAUUACAGACUAGCCAACGUACAGCGCGGUUAGAGGGUCUACACAAGCAUACUGGGCCACAACAGACGCACAGUUCGCAAGGCAUUUUGGAAUUAAUGACGCAACUCCACGAAUUAGCACAGCAAACGAGGCAGCCGGUACAUCAGGGCCAGCAAGGCGGCGAGCCUACACUGCAAUUGGGAAUCUAUGAGCCGCCCAUACUGCAGAUGGCACUGUGCUGUAAUAAGCCUAGCCAUAAUGAUGCCGUAGGAGUCCAACCCUCCGCUUCUGAUACUGCGAUGGCUGCUGGUGUCGUGGAGGCGUCGACAACAGCUGUCAGUGCAACAGCCACGGCUGCAGCGGACCACACUGCUCCUUCGGCGAAAACUGCGGUCUCACCAGCGGAUCGCUCGCCAGUUGUGACAGUCCCCCCAUUGGAGCAGUGGCGCCAUAUACAGCAGAAUACUGCCCAUUGCGCUACACCUCUCUCUGUAAUUUCGGUGGAUCAGAAGCAAACGUUUCAGGAGCAGCUUCCGCUGGAAGCACAGUCGCAACAACAGUUGAUUCAUCAGGGAAAGGCCGGCCAGCAACAACUGAUACAGCUGACUACGCCCUUUGAAACGCCUUUAAACGCAUUAGCAAGGCCCCCUCUGGAAAGCAGGCCUUCAAGCCAUGUUCAGCAAGAGCAAACCCACCAACAUAUACUGCUGCCGCACCGUCGGCACAGCGGAACGUAUGCCACAACCCGGUUGGAAUCUCCGAGGCGGCUCCAGCAACGCUUUCUAGCCUCCGUUGAGCACCGUCAGCUGAAGCAGCUGAAAGAGCAGCAUCAGCCGGCCCUACCUGUCGAACCACUACGAACCUCGUUAGGCGUUCGCCUUUCGGUAGAGGCAGAGGCAGCCGCCAAAGAAGCAGCAGGAACAGCAGCUGCGGCCGCUGCUGCCCGGCCAAGUGGCAGCAGCGCUCGCGGCUGCUCACCCUCUGAUACAGGCACUCCAAAGCACAUUCAGCAGCAGGUGCAGCUGCAGCCGGUAUGCAAGCCCCCCAGUCUAGUUUCUGCUCGGGAGGAUGGCAUGACUGCAACGCCGAAGGCAGAACGGAAGAAGCCCACGAAUUCAGGAGGAUCUCACUUGGAACCAGCGGGGGUUUCCUCAGGGGGACGCUGGUCUCCUGCGGAGCAGCAGGCAGCAAACGCUUCUCGUCGAGCGCACUUGAUAAGGAAAAGUUCUCCGUCCUCGCUUUUGCAUAUCUGCUCCGCAGUAGCCCAAGAGCAGCAGCCGCAGCAGCAAGCAUGUGGUAAAACGGGGAGUACGACCGACGCAUCCUUGGCUGUUGUUGCUGCUCAAGCCGCAACAGCAUCAGGAAAGAAGCGGUUAGCCGAAAGCACAGCCAGUCCGAUGGAACUCAACAGUUGUAGCACAAACAUAAAUUCAGCCGCAUCCUCAGUCAAGGGCAUGAAGAGUGCUUUGACGCCAAACCUUUUGCAGCCCGCGAGGCGUCAGCCUUUACCGUUGGAGCAACCGCUAAUAUACGAUGUGUCUGCCGAAGCAGUAGCCCCUGUGGAACGGCCCUCAACGCCGGUGCGCGCUGAGCUAUUAAGGAAGCGACUGGAAAUGCUGCGAACCAAGGGGAAGCUCACAAAAGACACCUUUCCGGCAGCAGAAGUAGCAGAAAUCGUCAGUGGCACAAGAGUGGAGAGGGAGGGACCUUUUUCCGUGUAUGUCUUGGAUAAGGACUGGUCUCUCGGGUGCAGUGCGUUAGAUCCUGAGUGGCCUCAGAGGAUGCUUCAAAAUACUAAAGAGGGCAUAAAGCUUCAUGCAGAGAUCAAUAAGCUCCUUGCCCUUGCAAGGGAGGUACAGAUAGCCGAUACGCGCUCAACAUAA